UGAAUCCAGUCACAGUUAAUUAUUUCUUUUUGCAACUUAUAAAUGUCAUUUUAUGUUUCACUUUGAUUUCAAUCCGGUUACAGUUUUUUUAGGAGCUUAAACAUCAUUGUGUGUUUGACGAAAAAAUCAUGGUUUUUCUUUUGUCUUUUUGGAAUUUAUAGAUCGUUUUGUGUUUCGCUUUGAAUUUGAAUCCGGUUACAGUUUUGUUUCCUUUUUGGAAUUUGUAGAUCGAGAUUAAUAUUUUUGAACUCAAAGUUAAAUUAGUUGAAGCGUCUUGGUGGUGUCUAACUUGUUAAAAUUGAAGCUUUGCAAUGGAGAUUCAUAGAUCAGGGGACUUUUGUAUAUUUUUUGUCCCUUGCAUUAAGAACAGAGAUGUUGUUAUAUUUGGUGAAGAAUGAUGUGAGUUAUUUGAUCUUCUAAUUGGAAAUUUCUUGGUAUAUCCUGGUGAAAGAUUGUAAUUGGUAUUAAUGCUGUCUCCGCUGUCCGAAUUUGGGAUACAUCUGCAAUUUUCAUUCUGUAUAGCAAAUAUUUGGAACUUUUCAAGAAUUGUGCAGAUAAUUAUCACAAUGACAGCCCCCCGGGACUUAGUUCAAGUGGCAAAGGUUGAAGGACUCGUGACUUAGGUCACACGUUUGAGCCUUGUGCCAUGCGAAGUAAGCCUGGUAUUUAAGUGGAGAAGGGUGGAGGGGCAGGUCCAUUAUUCCCAAGUUUUGAAGUCAGCGGUUGGUCCUAAGGGUUGGCCCCAAACGGAUUUCUUGGUCAUAAAAAAACAAAAUCACAAUGACAGAAAUUACUCUCUGGAAUGGCAGUUCACUAAAAGAAAAGUGUCUUCAUUGAGAAAAAACGAAGAUGGGGAAGCUGCUGGAGCAUGUAUUGGUGUUUUGGGUCUCAGAAACAGACAAAGCGAAUCGGACAUGCAGUUUUUGUUCCUGAAACAACAGCCCCUGGGGCAGAUAGACCUGCUGCUGAUAAUUCAACUCAAGCUCCUUCUAUAGUGCUUCCCUUCAUUGCCCCUCCCUCAUCUCCUGCUUCUUUCUUGCCAUCAGAACCUCCUUCCGCAACCCACUCACCAGUUGGCUCGAAAUGCCUUUCCUCUAUGUCUACAUAUUCUCCCAGUGGACCUGCCUCGAUUUUUGCUAUUGGGCCAUACGCUCAUGAACCUCAACUGGUAUCUCCACCUGUGUUCUCUACAUUCACCACUGAACCAUCAACUGCUCCGUUUACCCCUCCACCUGAGUCAGUCCACUUGACUACACCCUCAUCGCCUGAGGUACCAUUUGCUAAGCUUCUUGACCCCAAUCACCAAAAUGUUGAUGCUGGUAAUAGAUUUCCUUUUGCUCAGUAUGAAUUUCAAUCAUAUCAACUUCAACCAGGGAGUCCAGUCAGCAAUUUGAUAUCGCCUGGGUCAGCCAUUUCUGUAUCUGGAACCUCAUCUCCGUUUCUUGACCGUGAGUCUAAUCCUGGACGCCCUCAGUUCCUGAACCUGGAGAAAAUAGCCCCUCACGAAUGGGGAUCACGGCAAGGAUCUGGGACUUUGACCCCUGAUACAGUAUACCCCAAGUAUCACGACAGUUUCCUUCUCAAUCAUCAGAACUCUGGUGUUCCUCGGCUUUCAAAGCCGCUUAAUGGAUGGAAAAAUGAUCUAACAGUGGUCGACCAUAGAGUUUCUUUCGAGAUAACUGCAGAAGACGUAGUGAGGUGUGUGGAAAAGAAGCCAACGAUGUUGAUGAAAACUGGAUCUAUGUCUCUCCAGGAUGUAGAACGUAACAAUAAACGAGAGGAAAGCCUGGCUGAAAUGUCAAAUGGACAGGAGUGCAACGGGAAUGAGCCUUCCAGUGAAACACGUGAGGGAUCUUCUGCUGAUGGAGAAGAUGGACAGAGGCACCAGAAGCACAGAUCGAUCACUCUUGGAUCCUCUAAGGAAUUUAACUUUGACAAUGUGGAUGGAGGAUAUCCUGAUAAAGCUACUAUUGGCUCUGACUGGUGGGCCAACGAGAAGGUUCUCGGGAAGCAGGGUGGGUCAAGCAAUAACUGGAUCUUCCCUAUGAUGCAGCCCGGCAUCAGCUAACUGGUUAUAUCGCUUUGGUAAGUCCACACCAUACUAAUAAGCUGCUGCUCAGUUGCCCUACAUUUCAACAAAACCAGCAGCAAAUACCGGAACUCUUGAUAUCCAAAUGUACAAGGAUGAGGUGUUGAAGUGCAGCAGGACUGAUAUAGGAAUUGAUGCGAAGGCUGUUAUUUUGGGCACUUCCUGAACUUAGGAAAUGAUAGUAGAUAGGGAUGCAUUUCAUAAACUAGUUUUGCUCCCCUCAGUGAGUUUUACAUUUAACUAGUUAGAAUCUACAUUUUCGCUUUUUACAUCUUUUAUGUAUAAAACAUAAAUAAUUGCUAGAACAGUGUAGCAGAUGAUGAUGAUAAUGAUGAUAAUCUUCAUGUAGUUUUCAUUGGAAUA